AUGCACGCAUCCGCCCUUACGGAUGCAGGGCGCGCUUGCACCCAGCACAGCGCCCCGAUGCUGAUGCCAAUGCCCCCAGCGGCUGCCCACCCCCCCAAAAACAACACAUCCAGCAGCAGGCCAGCAGGCCAGCAGGCCCGGCCCGCAUGCGUGCUAUCCAUGACCAUGUGGACGCACAUGCAGCCCAAGGCCGUGUACGGUGUGAGACGAGGUGGAAUGCCCCGUGCAAAAUCAAGCCUCGCCCAACAAGCAUACCCCUCGCCUCGCGGCUGCGGUCCAUCUCCCGUCGCCAUCGCACGCUACCGCUGCACCAGAAAAAAAACGUUCUGCCGACCACACUCCUGGGACCACACCACAUUGACUUUGCCAUGCCAAUUGCCUGUCCCGUACAAGCCCGCCUACGCACGCAAAUUGCCUAAUUACACCACGUCCACAAUGCCCACCUUCUCCUCCGCGGCUGGGCCAAUCCCGCUGCCCAUAUCUGAGACACCCGUCUUCCACCCCAUGCCGACGAUCGCCAAACAGUGA